UCCUGGACUCGCGAUGGUUGGCCCCACCUCCUCUCGCCCACCUAGAAGUUCGUAGACCCAGAGGUGGGGCAGGAGGUGGCAGUUUCGGGCGGGUCUGGGCGGAGCUGAGGAGACAGCUGAGGCGGAAGCGGCGGCCCGUGGGGCGGGGAAGGGGCUGGUCCCGGAAGGAGGAGGAACCUCUGAAAAGAAAACAUCAACUAGCUGAGCUGCUGUGACAGAGGGAAACAAAAUGGCGGCGGCGAAGGGGAGCUUCUGGGUCGGGGCCCAAGUGGGGCUCCCGCCGCUGCUGCUGCUGACCAUGGCCUUGGCCGGAGGCUCGGGAACCGCUUCGGCUGAAGCGUUUGAUUCGGUCUUGGGUGAUACGGCGUCUUGCCACCGGGCUUGUCAGUUGACCUACCCCUUGCACACCUACCCCAAGGAAGAGGAAUUAUACGCAUGUCAGAGAGGUUGCAGACUGUUUUCAAUUUGUCAGUUUGUGGAUGAUGGAAUUGAUUUAAAUCGAACCAAAUUGGAAUGUGAAUCUGCAUGUACAGAAGCAUAUUCCCAAUCUGAUGAGCAAUAUGCUUGCCAUCUUGGUUGCCAGAAUCAGCUGCCAUUUGCUGAAUUGAGACAAGAACAACUCAUGUCUUUGAUGCCGAAAAUGCAUCUACUCUUCCCUCUAACUCUGGUAAGGUCAUUCUGGAGUGACAUGAUGGACUCUGCACAGAGCUUCAUAACCUCUUCAUGGACUUUUUAUCUUCAGGCUGAUGAUGGAAAAAUAGUUAUAUUCCAGUCUAAGCCAGAAAUCCAGUAUGCAACACAGUUGGAGCAGGAGCCUACGAAUUUGAAAGAAUCAUCACUAAGCAAAAUGUCCUAUCUACAAAUGAGAAGUUCACAAGCACAGAGAAACUAUCUUGAAGAUGGAGAAAGUGAUGGCUUUUUAAGAUGCUUCUCUCUUAACUCUGGGUGGAUUUUAACCACAACUCUUGUCCUCUCGGUGAUGGUAUUGCUCUGGAUUUGUUGUGCAACUGUUGCUACAGCUGUGGAGCAGUAUGUUCCCUCUGAGAAGCUGAGUAUCUAUGGUGACUUGGAAUUUGUGAAUGAACAAAAAUUAAACAGAUAUCCAGCUUCUUCUCUUGUGGUUAUUAGAUCUAAAGCUGAAGAUCAUGAAGAAGCAGGGCCUCUACCUACAAAAGUGAAUCUUGCUCACUCAGAAAUUUAAGCUCUUUUUUUUUUAAAGAAAAGUGUAAUAGACAUCUAAAUUUCCAUUCUUCAUAGAGCUUUUAAAAAUGGUUUCAUUGGAUAUAGGACUUAAAAUCACUAAAAAAUGCAAAUAAAGUUACCCAAAUUUAUGAAGACUGUACUUGCUGUAACUUUACCUAUAAUUUUUUUCUAAUAAUUUAAGAGAUGGAUAUUUGGGAUUGUAUUUUAAUUUUAAUAUCUCUAGCCACUUUAUUAUUAUUUGCAUUGUUUUUGUUUUCUUUUUAGCCAGAUUAUGUGAGCUGAUCAUUGUUCUUCCCCACCUCUUACCAUGAUGCUAUCAAUCACCUUAGUUAAUAAGCUGAAUACUCAGUAGAACAUGAUGCUUCUGCUCAGAAAUGGCCCACAACCUAUAAUUUGAAAUUUAGCAGGAAAUGCCCUUUAAUGACACUACGUUUUCAGUUGUAUUGAACUGAAAUCAUUAAAAUUUUAUUUGAAGAAUAAAUAUGCUGAAAUUUGAGUUAAUAUACUCCUGAUUUUCUAGAUCUUCCCUCACUUAUACCCAACCCAUGCGAAAAUCAUGAAAUGUUUUAUUUCUAUCUAUUGCUAUAUAAUAUGACAAUUAGGGAACAACUCAAAGCAAAACUGAUCCUCUCAGAAGUGCAUUUUAUGUUAUUUGGACAGGCUAUAGAUUUUUGUUGAUGAGUCUUUUCAAAGAUUGUUUUUCUCUGUUAGAAAGCAUCUCAAGGAUAAGUUUAAAGAUAUUUUCAGAGAAAACUUCAUUUUGACAGUAAAAUUAGACUCAUGGUAUAGAAUUAAGUAUAGAUUUCACUUGGCAAAAGCUAUUAUUAUCAUUCCUUUAUAAUAUUAUAGAUUUAAAAAUAAGAAUGAUAUCAGGUAACAUAGUAUGGCAGAAUCUUAACAUGAUUCAGUGUCAUUUUACCAUGAAAUGUUAAAUAACUUUGCAAACAUAUUUUCGUUACAGGGGCAUGCUGGCACUGCAGUAGUGCUUUUUGUCUAAUGAGUGAGUCAUAUACUUAACCUUACAGCCUAAGUCAUCAGCUUUGUCUGAGUCAAAAAAAAAAAAAAAAAAAAA